CUCUGCGCCUGUCCCUGACGUCACACGGACCCCGGACCCGGCGUACCUCUGUCAGCAACGCGUUUGGCAACAAAAGACUCGUUUUUGAACCAGUUAGCGACGUUUUGUGGACGGCAGUGUUUGUGGGGACGUCAUCACAGUUGUGUUCAACAGCGGCGCGAUAUUUACAGGCAGUAGCUGGUAGCGAUGACACCGCCGCUGCUGCUGCUGUCCUUCGGAGGAAGAGGAAGAGGAAGGAGGCGAUGAUGAUGAUGACAUGCAGUUAGCUGGCUGCCUGGCUGACGGACGGACCGACGGACGGACUUGAGCCCGCCGUGUGAGCGGUGUCACCCCACAAGCAGAGCAGGAUCCAAGGCGACGAGAGGCGAAGAUGCCGCGGAGGAAACAAUCCAACCCCCAGCCGGUGAAACUGGACUCGGAGGACGGGGCAGUGGUGUGCGAGCCAGGCUGCCUGGUUCUGGAGAGCGACUUCCUGCUGAGCGGAGAGCUGGAGUUUGGAGACUCUGAGAUCAUGGGGCUGGACAGAGAGUCGGGUAUGACGGUGUUCUCUCUGAGCGUGGAGGACGACCCCUCCGCACCAACAGACUCCACCUUCCCAGCUUUCCUCUCCUGUAAAGGGUGCGGUCAGCUGCUGGGAGACACGCCACUGGGGGCAGGUUUAGAUCUCGGUGUGGGCUUGGACCUGGGGGCGGAGCUUUACUGUCUCACCUGUGAGGAAGGCCUCCAGCAGGAAGCCUCGAUCGACUCCUCUCAGGCGGAGGGCUCAAUUGAGGCCGACAGAACCAUCGGCGGCGACUCGGACAGGAAGAGGAGAGGCGCAGGCAAGACAGGCGGAGCCACCGACGCCCCUCCCAAACUGUACUCCUGCUCGCUGUGCGCCUUCACCUCGCGCUACUCGAACCACCUGAAGCGCCACAUGAGGACCCACGACGGCCAGAAGCCGUACCACUGCCCCGUCUGCCCCUACGCCUCGGCGCAGCUCGUCAACCUGCAGCGCCACGCCCGCACCCACACCGGGGAGAAGCCGUACCACUGCGUCCAGUGCAGCUACGCCUGCAGCUCGCUCGGCAACCUGCGGAGGCACCAGCGCAUGCACACGCAGGAGAGGCCGCAGAGGAGGGAGAAGGAGAAACGACGGGGGAGACGGAAAAAAGCUGAAAGUGAAGAAGUCGUAUCAGACCUGACCCUGCGAGUGUCCCAGAACUCAGGUUACCUCCAGACGUUGGGGGGCCUCGGCUCUCCCUCCGCCCCGCUCCCUGUCCUGCUCUUCCCCCUGUGCUGCCGGAUGUGUGGCCUCACUCUGGAGGAGGCCGACCUGGAGGGGGACAAGGCCGAGGGGGAGGUGGAGGGCGAUGGAGGACAGGUGUGUCGUCGCUGCUCGUUGGACCUGCUCUCCAAAGAUGAAUCCGGGCCUCGGGGAUCCCGGCGGGGUCAGCGUGGCACCAAGCUGUACCACUGCCCUCACUGCCCCUUCCUGUCCCACUACCCCAACCAUUUGGCCCGCCACGCUCACACCCACUCUGAGGAGAAACCCCACCACUGCCCACACUGCCCCUACACCUCCUCGCACCUCGACAACCUCAAGCGCCACCUGCGCGUGCACACGGGCGAGAAGCCCUACCAGUGCCCGUCGUGCAGCUACGCCUGUGGCAACCUGGCCAACCUGCGGCGGCACGAGCGCAUCCACUCGGGCGCCAAGCCGUUUCACUGCGGCGUCUGCGGCUACUCCUGCAACCAGAGCAUGAACCUGAAGAGGCACAUGCUGCGGCACACGGGCGAGAAGCCGUACGCCUGCGCCGAGUGCAACUACACCACGGGCCACUGGGACAACUACAAGCGCCACCAGAGGAAACACGGGCACAACACGGACAGCUGGGACAAACACGCGCCCAUUAACGGCCUCAGCUGGGGCAGAGACACUCAGGAGAGCCCAAGUCAGGGACACACUUAGAUACUGUGUGUGUGUGUGAGUCUGUGUAAGUGUGUGUAAGUGUGUGUUUGUGUGUGUGUGUUUGUGUGUGUGUGUGUGUGUGUGUGUGUGUGUGUGUGUGUGUUGUAUACACUGGUGAACCUCCAGCUCAGGUUGGAGCUAAACUCAGGUGCCUUUAACAGACUGAACGACUUCACCGCUGCACUGACUUUAUAAUGGGGCAUUAAUAUGUGUGUGUGUGUGGUGUGUACACACUCACAUCACACACACGCGUUGAAUCAGAGGAGGUGUGGUCCCUCCUUCCUUCAAUAAAUGCAGUCCACAGACGUCUGGUCUGUCAGAAUGUGACGUUUUCUAACUGUGUAUCAUGAAGCCGAUCUGAAUCUGCUGAAUCCAAACGUUUAUUUUUCUCCUCGACAGAUGAUCUAUAUUUUCUAAAUGUGGCUGGAUUGUUUUUCUUUCAUACUAGCAGGGCGGAUCAUUAUCUCACAAGCUUUAAGUUGAUUUUGUAAUUUAAUCCAGGAAAUGAUCGGGCUCAGUUUAUCAGCGGGGUUCCUGCGCAGCUUCAGCUACAUCAUUAGAAAUGUUCCCACCAGCCAACAUGGCCUCACCUGUAUGUCAGAUCCCAGGAGAGCGUUUUCCGUCUCCCAAAAACCGAAAGUCAGUUAGUUUAAUAACAAGUGUGAGUAUGUGUGGCAAACAAUGUCCGAGCGACUUAGUAACUCGUAAUUCCUACCUGUUCAAAAUGAAGUUAACCAUGACGUUAGUUAAGGACGUUUCAGGCUGGACGAUGAGAGAUCAUACAAUGGAGGUGCUCAGGAGCCCCGCUGUCUAAACGAGUCAGAAUCAAACAGAUGCUGCUGUUCUGGAAGAAUUUCAUGCCUUUAUUUUGUUGGUCUUGGCACCACAUUUUUUUUUUAUGUGUAGCCUGAAAUAUCCUGGAAUUUAAAGACUUUGAAUCCUGACAAUGCGUCUGAUCUUUUCUCUCAGUAACUCAGACGAUGCUGUCGCUUGUUUCAGCCCAGAUUUAGUGAAAAUCAGCCUCUCUGAAUUUAAAAAAAGGUCUUAAUUACUAGUUUACACUCACCGGACACUUUAUUAGUUACACCUGGGGUGGAAUGGGAGAUUCUCAUCAUGGAUCAACUGUGUGAUGUCAUCAUGUCAGUAUGGACCAAAAUCUUGUUGAAUCUAUGACACCAAGAAUUAAAAAGGGCGUCCCACCUGGUACCAGCAUGGUGUCCCUAAUAAAGUAGCUGUCACUCAUUUUGAAAUCUAAAUGUGAAAAGCUUUGAAUAUCACAACUUAAUUACUGUUUUCUGGAGAUAACAGGAGGUCGUUCCACUUUUUAUUUAUAUUCACAGGCAUAGAAUGUGAAUAAUUAACCAGUUAUCACAAGAAAAGGAGCCUGUAUGGAAGCAAAUAGGAGACGUGAAUAUUUGAAUUUGAACAGCCACUGAAUAUUGAAGUAUAGCGUUGAAGUAUUUUACCUCAAAACCAUGCGUCUCAAUUUAUUUGUGGUGAUUUCAUCUUUUAAAACUAAAAUAUGACAUUUCUCGAUUUGCCAUUUCAAAAGCUGAAUUUUAUUUAUUUUCAAUGUUUACAAAUUCAUAUCCAGAAAUGAACGUCUCUUAAUUUAAAACAAAGUAAAAUGGAAAAUAAAUAUAGAUUCAGGUCUAAAAAAGUUGAAAAUAUUCCAAGACAUGUUUGGCAAUCAAGCCUUAAUGUUUCGCACAAUCAAAAUUGACUGAGGUUCUAAUCGAAUUUUCAACUUGAAUAUUCAGAUUUUAAAAUUCUGUUUUUUGUUGGGUUUUUUUUGUUUGUUUUUGUUUUCAUUAAUUUUGGUAGUCUAAAUUUGACCAAUUGAAUUUGAGCAACCUCAAUCUACUUUAUUUAUUUUUAUUUUAAUUUUUUGAAUUCUGAAAUUUUUGGAUGUGAAUUUGACCAUUUUUUUUGAGCAAUCUGAAUCUUUUUUCUUUUUCGUCUUUUUCUAUUUAAAAAAAAAAAAACUAAUCAAAACUGAGCAGUCGGAAUCAACUUUUUUUAAAAACAAAUUCUGAAACCUACAUUUUAAGAUUUGAAUUUGUCUGAUGAAAUUUG